AUGUCGGGACUGGAAAAAUCUCUCUAUGCUCUUCACUGGAAUAACAUCGUAUCAGUGGCGAUCAUUACUCUAAUAUCCUAUGAGUACAUGCUUCAGUUCGAGAAAGAGGUCACGUUUGUUUGGGUUAGAGCUCCACCCCAACGACAUGAAGAUCCGGAACUGACUGGUUAUGCAGGAAAGACGGUGGUCAGUGAUGUCAUAUCUAUACCUUGCUGUGAGCUCCACCCUGCCAAAGUGCUUCAUAGUUUCCCAUUUUUGUUGAUAUGUCAGGUUCGAUAUUUUGGUAUUGUCCAUGUAAUGAUUUGCGCCAUCUGGGGAGGUCUAAUUUAUAUCCCUGAAGCACCGUACGUCAGAAUUGUGAGUAUAUCGUAUUCAACUGAAACUAGCUUUGCUCAUCAUGAAAUUGAAAUAGGUUAUGGUAUGUUUCUGUUCAUGAAAUGGAGUUUUUCUGUAUAUCUUUGCUUGGCGGAAGUCAUUCUCAUCUGGCGUCUUUACGUCCUAUACAACCAAUCCAAGUUCAUACUUUAUCUUCUGCUGGGGUUGUUCUUACCUAUCGUUGCGCUCUAUAUAUGGAUGAAUAUAUGGUUAUGGAGUCGACCCUCAGCGAUAUCAGUGCAAGAAAUAAUAAUAACUCCAAAUAUCAAGUACUGCACGACUUUUUACCACAUCGGGGUCAUGCCUGCGUUAUAUGCUUCCAUCCCCGUUAUAUGCUAUGAUAUUUUCUUGGUUGUCCUCGCCAUUGCCGUCCUCAGGAAGCACCUGAAAGAACGAAAGGAACUUGAGAUGAAGCCCAAUACCUACGUAGUAAUGAUCGUCCGACAUCAUGUCAUAUAUUUUGUCCUGUGA